AUGGUGGCAGAAAAUGCCACCAGCAAUGCCCACAUUCCCUGGUCACAGCUCAGUGUGCCCGACAUCGUGGUCAUCGUUCUCUAUUUUGCCCUGAAUGUGGCUGUGGGCGUCUGGUCCUCCUGCAGGGUCGGCAGGAACAGCGUUCGGGGCUACUUCCUGGCAGGCCGGGACAUGACGUGGUGGCCGAUCGGAGCCUCCCUCUUCGCCAGCAGCGAGGGUUCGGGUCUCUUCAUCGGCCUGGCAGGCUCGGGUGCUGCGGGGGGCCUGGCCGUGGCGGGCUUCGAGUGGAAUGCCACAUACGUGCUGCUGGCCCUGGCCUGGGUGUUUGUGCCCAUAUACAUCUCCUCUGAGAUAGUCACCAUCCCUGAGUACAUGCAGAAGCGCUUUGGAGGCCGGAGGAUCCAAACAUACCUGUCUGUCAUGUCCCUGCUGCUGUCUGUCUUCACCAAGAUAUCGAUCGACCUGUAUGCGGGGGCCCUAUUUGUGCAUAUCUGCCUGGGCUGGAGCUUCUACCUCUCCACCAGCCUCAUGCUCAUCGUCACAGCCCUGUACACCAUCGCAGGGGGCCUGGCCGCUGUCAUCUACACAGACGCCCUGCAGACACUCAUCAUGGUGGUGGGGGCCGUCAUCCUGGCUGUCAAAGCUUUCGACCGGAUCGGGGGCUACGAGCAGCUGGCGGAAGCCUAUGCCCGGGCCGUGCCCUCCAGGACCAUUGCCAACACGACCUGCCACCUGCCACGUGCAGAUGCCAUGCACAUGUUCCGAGACCCCCACACAGGGGACCUCCCAUGGACGGGGAUGACCUUUGGUCUGACCAUCAUGGCCACCUGGUACUGGUGCACUGACCAGGUCAUCGUGCAGCGGUCCCUGUCCGCCCGGGACCUGAACCACGCCAAGGCGGGGUCCAUCCUGGCCAGCUACCUCAAGAUGCUGCCCAUGGGCCUGAUCAUCAUGCCGGGCAUGAUCAGCCGCGUGCUCUUCCCAGAUGACGUGGGCUGCGUGGUGCCAGCCGAGUGUGUGCGGGCCUGUGGUGCGGAGAUUGGCUGCUCCAACAUCGCCUACCCCAAGCUGGUCAUGGAGCUGAUGCCCACAGGUCUGCGCGGGCUGAUGGUCGCCGUGAUGAUGGCCGCGCUCAUGUCCUCGCUGACCUCCGUCUUCAACAGCAGCAGCACCCUCUUCACCAUGGACAUCUGGAGGCAGCUACGGCCCCGCGCAGGCGAGCGGGAGCUGCUGCUGGUGGGACGGCUGGUGAUCGUGGCGCUCAUCGGUGUGAGCGUGGCCUGGAUCCCGGUCCUGCAGGGGUCCAACGGCGGGCAGCUCUUCGUCUACAUGCAGUCGGUGACCAGCUCCCUGGCGCCCCCGGUGACCGCCGUCUUCCUGCUGGGCAUCUUCUGGCCGCGCGCCAAUGAGAAGGGGGCCUUCUGGGGGCUGAUGGCCGGGCUGGCGGUGGGGGCCACGAGGCUGGUGCUGGAGUUCCUGUACCCCUCGCCCCCCUGCGGCCUCCCGGACCCGCGGCCGGCCAUCCUGGGAGCCGUCCACUACCUCCACCUCGCCAUCGGCCUCUUUGCUCUCAGCGGCGUCGUGGGCGUGGCCGGCAGCCUGCUGACCACCGCCCCUCCGGGUGCCCGGACUGAGAACCUCACCUGGUGGACCCUGGCUCCGGGCCUGGCCUCGGGAGCAAAAGCAGGGGACGGCCAGACACCCCCGAAGCAUGCUGUUUGGGCACGUGUCUGCAGCCUGCAAGCCAUCCUCCUCAUGUGCGUCAACGUGUUCUUCUACGCCUACUUCGCCUGA